ACCUGUAAGCUAUGUCGCAGAUAUAUAAUCCCGUGUCCAGAGGGCAUAACACAUCAGUCAGCAAACCAAUCUUGUCCUAGACACAUCUGAACCUGACAUUCCAAUCGAAUUCAAACAUGCACGACGAAGAGCCAAUUUCAAGCUUUGUGUUCAGCAGCGUGGGAACACAGCAAACGUUCCACCAUCAGUGGUAUGUGGAGGGUCAGUUGCAUGAGUGCAGCACUUGCUACAGCAGCAUCGAUGCCGAUGAGCCCCCCAGCCAACAUUGGCUGCAGCGGGGCGAGGAGCAGCGACCGCAGUUGAGCAAACAACAACAGGCGGUGCUCAAUAUAAUUGAGGCUCGUCAAAUCGAAACCUUCUUCAUUUGCGACGAGAGUGCCAAGGAUAAGCUGGAGCACUUUAUGGCGGAGACUUGUGCCAGAGCGGUGCCGGAGUUGCUUCGUUGGAUGUUCCACAAUGGCACCCAGCGAGUGGAGUUUAAUCUGGCGUGCUAUGUGAAUGUGCUCAAUCAGGUGCACAUCUUCCAGAGCGGUACUUUGAGCGUGCAGCAUCAUUAUGACAUUGAGGAAUGUGUCAGCGUCAUUUACGAGAUGAUCACACAACGCAUUGAGAACUAUCUGGCCAGCAGUCACAAUGUGGGACUCGACGAAUGCAGCAUCACCAGGAUGCGCAUUCAGCUCAAACGUAUACGUGAUGACAACGACUCGGAAUGUGCCUCCUUAGCUCUGCCUCUACCUCUACAGUUGCGUCAUGAGGCAGCUUCCGAAAGAAGCAAGACCAGUGAGUCUGAGUUGGCCAGUUUACGUGCAGCAUAUGUGAAGCAUCAACGGGAAUGCCAUGGUUACUUUCCCUCCAACAUGCGGGUUAAUCUCUACGGUCUGCAGCAAUGUCAGACCACCAAGGAGCUCUAUGUGGUGCCCUAUCACAUAAGUGAGACACUGCAAGAACAGCCCAAUAAGAACUUCCUCAUACUGAACAAUAUCAUGGGACAAUUUCAGCGACUCCAUGAACUACAGACUCCAAUUGCAUCCAGUAAUAGUUGCAACCGAUCCCAAACUCGUCCUUUGCAGUGUCGCCGUUGUCGUACUCAGUUCAAGUGCCGCAGUCGGUUGCACAUUCAUCAGCAGCUUCGUUGUGGCCAGGACUUUAGUGUGGACAGCAUUCAUCCGGACAUUAUUGAGAUAUACGAGCAGUGUCUACCCAUUUCCCGCAGCAUCUUCCAGUAUGCCUGCUAUGGCAUCACCAAACCCAAGACUGUCAUGAGGAAGGGACAAUUUGUGCCCAUCGAAUGCGAUUGGCGCAGCAAAAGCUCCGUUCAAGUGCAACACGGUCCCUGUGUGGUCAUCAGCAACUCCCAGCUCAGCAGUCCCUGUAAAUUAAGUUAAGAUUUAUCAAUAAAAACCAUUCAUCUUAAGCAAAA